AUGGCAACAUCUCAACCUCCUCUUUCUCCUCCCAAGCAUUUGGAAGAAGAUGAACAGAACCCCGGGGAAACGUCCACUAACAAUACAUCCGAGAAGAUUCAAGCUCUAUUUCCAGGUCUCCAAAACUUUGAAGCUCAGGAUACUGAUAUCCUUGUAGCAACAAGUAUGAAAUCAGGUACAACGUGGUUGAAGGCACUAACUUUCUGCAUACUGAACCGAAAGCUUUACCCUGACAGCCAACAACACCCUUUACACACUAGUAAUCCUCACAUUCUUGUGCCGUUCUUGGAAUUGAAGCUCUAUACCGAAAAAGAACAAUUCACUGUUGAGAAAACUUUCGGGAUCCAUAUCACGAAUCCUCAAGAACCACAACAGGUGGACAGUGCUAGCAAACACGGAAUACUUCUUGAAGUUAUAACCUAA